AUGGCCAUCCAUGUGGAAGGGUUGGUGGCAAUCGUUUUAUUCUAUUUGGUCAUUCUCCUGGUUGGAAUUUGGGCUGCAUGGAAGAACAAAAACUCUGGGGUCGAGGAGGGAACCGACCGGAGUGAAACCAUUAUGGUCGGGGGCAGGGAUAUUGGACUAUUUGUGGGUGGAUUUACUAUGACAGCAACUUGGGUGGGAGGGGGCUACAUCAACGGUACAGCCGAGAACGUUUAUCUGCCCGGCUACGGACUGGCUUGGGCACAGGCUCCUUUUGGUUACGCUCUAAGCCUGGUAGUGGGUGGCCUUUUUUUCGCCAAACCAAUGCGUUCUCGAGGUUACGUCACUAUGCUCGACCCCUUUCAGCAGUUGUAUGGUAAAAGGAUGGGCGGACUGCUAUUCAUUCCUGCGCUAAUGGGAGAGAUUUUCUGGUCAGCCGCCAUCUUAUCUGCCCUUGGAGCCACACUGAGUGUGAUCGUUGAUAUCAACAUUAACAUGUCUGUGGUGAUCUCGGCCCUUAUUGCCAUAUUCUACACCCUGGUGGGGGGGCUGUAUUCUGUGGCCUAUACCGACGUCGUCCAGCUCUUCUGUAUCUUCAUGGGCCUGUGGCUGAGUGUCCCGUUUGCCCUGUCUAACCCGGCCGUGGCUAACAUUGAAGUGACGGCCACGGAGAAGCUCUACCAGACGCCCUGGCUGGGGAAGAUAGAGAGCUCUGACACGUGGAUGUGGGCAGACAAUUUCUGUCUUCUGAUGUUGGGGGGUGUUCCCUGGCAAGUCUAUUUCCAGCGGGUUCUUUCUGCCUCUUCAGCCACCUAUGCUCAAGUCCUCUCCUUCCUUGCUGCUUUCGGUUGCCUAAUCAUGGCUGUCCCCUCUGUCCUGAUUGGAGCAAUAGGGGCCUCCACAGACUGGAACCAGACAAGCUAUGGUUCUCUUCCACCCAUGGAGAAGGAUGAGUCCGACAUGAUCCUACCAAUCGUUCUUCAGCACCUAUGCCCACCUUAUAUUUCCUUUUUUGGAUUGGGGGCGGUCUCUGCAGCAGUGAUGUCAUCAGCAGACUCAUCCAUCCUUUCAGCUAGUUCCAUGUUUGCCAGGAACAUCUACCAGCUGGCAUUUCGCCAGUCGGCGUCAGACCGAGAGAUCGUUUGGGUGAUGCGUAUAACCAUCUUCGUGUUUGGGGCUUUGGCGACGGCAAUGGCCCUGUUGACCGGUACGGUCUACGGGCUAUGGUACCUGAGUUCCGACCUGGUCUAUGUCAUCAUUUUCCCUCAGCUCCUCAGCGUUCUCUUCGUCAGAGGCACCAACACCUACGGCUCUGUCGCCGGCUACGUUUUCGGCCUGCUUUUACGUGUGGGCGGCGGGGAGCCUUACCUCAAACUUCCCCCCUUCAUUUAUUACCCAGGCUGGAUCACAGAGGAGAGAGUCCACCAUUUAACCAAGGAGGUGGAGUACGUGGUUGUCCAAAAGUUCCCUUUUAAGACGGUCUCCAUGCUGGCCUCCUUCCUGGCCAACGUGGCGUUCUCCUACUUGGCGAAGUACCUUUUCGAGAGCGGCAUGCUGUCGGCCAAGUACGACUUUUUGGAUGCCGUGGUGGCUAAACACAGCGCAGAGAUCAUGGAUCGGACCACGCUGGUCAACAAGAACACCAUCGGCCUGUCCGAGAUGGCCCCCGUAAAGCCACGGCUGAGCGUCACCCUAGCCGCCACCUUCUCGAGGCGGGAGACACUGACCGAGGAGGAUGACUCGAGCCCCGAGUCUCCCGUUCACGAAAACGAGUGA